GGACCCAUUGUAGGAGUUAUUGCCUUUAGAUGGUGAAUUUUACCUUUCUUGCAUUUCUAAUGAAACUAUAAUUGUUGAUACAGAGAAUGUUUCGAUAGUAAAAAUGUUUAACAAAAUAUGGUCUAAAAUUAACAUAGACGAAUCGCCAAUUGGCCCCUUAGAGGAGUUACUGCUCUUGAAAGACAUUGAACUCAUUGUUUGCGUUUUUUGCAGAAACUAUAAUAGAUACAGAGAAAUGUUUGCAGAAACCAUUAUAGAUAGAGAAAAUGUGUAAAAAGCAAAGAUCUUAUGAUUUUAUUUUAUUUUUUGCUGUUUUUGCACAAACUAUAAACAGUCAUCAUGGUUGAAAUUAUCAACCAACUCUUUAUAGAAGUUAUUUGUACUUAAUGAUGAUUUUUAUCCAUGUUUUACAUUAUUUUCAAAAACUAUCAUGACUAUAGGAGUUACAGAGAAACUUCAAAAGAAACAAAAAAGAUCAGCAAAAGAGCUACAUGCUGAAAAAAUGGGAAUUCCAAGUAUAAACAAUCUUGCAAAGAAGAACCCAAGCUUUUGGAAAAUAUCUGACUUUCAAGACAUAGGACUGGUGAUCGCUGGUAACUGUUUAGUCCAAUUUCUGUAUAAAUAUCCAAAUAUUGAUACCAUUGGAAAUUAUAAUGAAUACGCCGAAAAGGUAGAAAUGUUUUUUAAGUGGCUUCUUAAACGCAGGAUAACACCUUUUGUGGUUUUUGAUGGCGCCCUUGAUAUGGAUAACAAGGAUAUCGGAAUUGUAUUAGGCAAAACUAAACAUCGUAUUGAUAAACCGGAAGAAGGUACGCCAGUUCUUGCCAUUCUUACUUUUAUUAACAUACUAGACAAACUUAGAAUCAACUACUUAAAAAGUGAUUUUGAAGCUGAUAGAGACGUUCAAAAAUUAGGUAAUGAUUUGAAAUGUCCGGUUUUGUCGUCUAAUAGUGACUUUUUUGUCUUUGAUGUCCAGUUCGGUUACAUACCAUUUGAUUCACUACCGUUUAAAUCAAUUUUGACUGGAGUAAAUAAAUCCUCCGUUGAAAUCAAAAUAUAUUUCAUUCAGAACUUAUUGAAAAAAUUUCCUUAUUUAACGGAUAAAAUGGCGCUAUUGGCGACUGCGCUCGGUAACGAUACCUUUGUUAAAGAUUCAAAAGCUCUACAAUUUGCAUACCAUACUGAUAAUUUUAGACUUCCCGAGUGUAUGGCCAUAACUUCAGAUGUGUUUGAAACGCCAUGUGAACGUAAUGAACCCUUUUUUAUAACAACGAGAAAGGUUUUAUACUGGAUAAGUCGUUGCAAAGAUGUUGAAAGGGGGAAAAGACAAUUGCAAUAUUACUGUAAGGAAGACAAGAACGAAGAGGAAAGACUCUUCCGUUCCCUAGAGGUAUAUACAGAAACCGGGAAAUAUACGAGUUAUAACCUUUAUGACCUCAUUCAUAGAAGUGAUGCGAGGAGAUUUUGUCGAUCAUCAUUUCCAUUUGGUAUUAGAAAGUGGAUAAUUGAACAUCACCGCAGGGGUAAAAUUCCAAACUUUGCAAUGAAUACAUUAAUACACAAGAAAAACAUUUUCACGUGUCAAUUAGAGGGCACACAUGAAACCUCCUCCCACGACUGCAGUCUGUCAAUUCGAGAGGUUAUAUAUGCAUUAUUGGUAGGAACUGAAACCAACAUUACAGAAUAUGAUCGACAAAAAGGGAGUUUAUGCAAAUUCUCAAGAAAGGGAGUUAUAAGCACUACAGGAGUACUCAAAGAUUUGCAUGUACCGGACAUGUCGUCUGCAGUAAAAAUCAAAAUUUUAAGUACGGCUUUGUGUUGUUCAGUACCUUCUAGUAAAACAAGUGGACAACUCGAUCAAACACGCCUAUUUUUGAUGAUUACAGCAUAUUGGGCAAGAGUCGCUGAACCGUCUAUUAACAAUAACUUCAUCAAAUCUGUUCUUAUUUGUUACAUUUUAUUUUCUGCAAGACACAAAGAAUUUCAACCUGGAACCAAAAUUAUUCGAAGGCUUGAAAACUUGCACUCCGAGGCAACAGAGUUUGCUGAUGGACAUAUAAAAUCGUACCGAGAUUUCAUACUGAAUAUCAUAUACACAUUUGCACAGUUUCAGUCUUGUAUUUUAUAUACAACACAUCUUAACAGCCUUUUACAAUGUCCACUCGAAAAUGUUAAUCCUACUAUUGUUUUCAAUGGUUCAUUUCUACACAAAAUGUAUUAUAUCCUGAAUGAGAAGAAUGAAGAUAUUAUUGCAAAACAUUUAUAUGGAUGUAAUGUUUUUGUAUGGUUUAACCAGAUGUUAUAUUUUUUACAAGAGAACGUUUGCAUAAACAAUAGUGCAUAAGCUGCAGUGAAAAAAAACGUUCUUGUUUUACUUGUUUGCCUUUCAAUUUGAAAAAAAAUAUUCUCUUUAAACUAUAUGUACUUAAGGGUGAGUUUCAGAAAAUCAAAAAUGCGAAUUAGAAUAAAACGGAAAAAGAAACUUUCA